CUCAGCCUCGUCCACGACCUACGUUCAACGCAACACGCCUGUAUCAUUAUAUCCCUUGCUUAAGGGCCAUAGAUGUGGCCACCUAUUGUUUAUCGCUUAUAGAGCGCCAUGCCUGUUAAUAUCCCAGCCACAGACUGCGGGGAAGAAUUAAGCCGGUUGAUGGAAUCGAUGAAUCAUGCCGAAACCACCGCUCGAAAUAACGACUUAAGAGGGGAAUACCUCACAUCGAAUCCCCAACAGCGCGACCAAGCUCUAGAUGGUCACCAGCUUCCUUCGCCGUCACCUUCUCCGUCACCAAGAAGCACGUCGCCGUACCUCAUUUCGCCAGAGACACCGGAGACCGAAUUCGAUGGAGAUUUCGGCAAAGAGCGAAGCAACAAUAUCGUCGGCCGCUUACCGACGCCCGCUCUACAUAAUGUAUGGAAGGAUGAUUCUUAUUUAAAAGCUCCUAUCCCACCAGUUGCAGAUGCUGGGGCAUCGCGGAGUUCAAAACUGUCCAAAGCCCAGGGCGAAACGGUCAAGAAACAAAGAGAAGCCUCCACGGCCAACGAUGUGCCUAAUGAGGGAGUCCGCAAACUGUCAUCCUCCGAAAUUGAGAGCUUGAUAUCUCAGCCUGACUCGCUUCCUUUACCAGCCUCUAUGCAACCGGAUUCUAGAAAGAGAGGGACGACCCUCCAGAAUCCACCCACAUUCGAAGAUUUCGAGUCAAAACAAAUCCGAUCGCCACCUGCUCGCACAUCGGGAUUCUCGUCUGGGAGCCAACGCCCUGGCACAAAUUCCCGCGUGAUUUCUAGUCCGCAGGUUGGCCGCCGUGAAAACUGGCAAGAAAGAAGCUCGAGGAAUAUGUCACCGGUGCGAAGACAACCCCCUUCAAUGCGGGGAUCCGAUGGGUUUGAUCCAAAUACCUCUGUCAAGUUGUCGGCUAGCAAUGGACGCUCACGAGUAACAUCGUUACCCUCCGAGCCCGCGCUACCACAGACCAGCGAAGAGAUCCCUCUUCCUCCACUGUUGAGUACAUACCUUGAAUUGGAACUAGCGUCAUCGCGGCCAUCGCCGUUAUAUAUACAUCGGUCUCGUGGCCAGGAAUACCCCUACGAGUCAGCAAAGGUUAAGUUUGAACGGCUCUUGAACUUUCUACUGGUACCUUUGUAUUUAGAACCUGCCCUUCUAUUUGGAACCUUGGCAUGUCUUGAUGCUUGGCUGUAUACCUUCACAAUUCUUCCUCUACGUUUUAUAAAAGCUAUCGGUAUUUUGGUAUCUUGGUGGGCCAAAUCGCUGGCGGCAGAGGUGCGCUUCGUGGUGCUGUUUAUUUAUCAUGGAUCACCGCGGCUAUGGCAUCGCCGCAGAGGCUACAGCUCCAGCGCUGAUAUCCCUCACCCGCCUCCGGUUCAGAGCGGUCAGGACGGCGUUCAGUCACAGGUAUUGUCGCCAAGGCCUCGUGAAAGUGGGAGGUUUUCUGAUAAUAGCGGCGCCAGUGGCAUGGAGACGGAAGGCCGUCGCUCUGGAGAGAGAAGGACGAAGCUUGAAUGGGGCCGAAGGCACAAAAGAACCAGAUCUGUUCCAUCGACAUUAUCGCCAUAUCAUAAGGCGGAUAUUCUUCAAGGCCUGGUUAUUAUCUUUAGCUGUAUCAUUUUGAUGCAACUAGAUGCUAGCCGCAUGUAUCAUAGCAUCAGAGGGCAGGCAGCUAUGAAAUUGUAUGUUAUAUACAACGUUUUGGAGGUUGGCGACCGACUACUCGCUACCGUUGGGCAAGAUAUCCUUGAAUGUCUGGUAUGUGAUGAGACAUUGGAGCGGGGAUUGGAUGGUCGAUCCAAGCUUCUUCAGCCGCUGGGCAUGUUCGUCUUGACGUUGGUGUACAAUGUUAUACAUGCCACAGCACUGUUCUACCAAGUCAUCACCCUAAACGUGGCCGUGAAUUCCUACUCCAACUCUCUAUUCACACUGCUUCUCAGCAACCAAUUUGUGGAAAUCAAAGGGACAGUCUUCAAGCGAGUUGAGAAGCAAAACCUCUUUCAGCUUUUUUGUGCCGACGUUGUAGAGCGCUUUCAGCUAUGGCUGAUGCUUAUCAUUAUCGGACUUCGAAACAUUGUCGAGGUUGGCGGGCUCAGCAUCCUCAGUAAUCCACAGUCCGCCAGCGGAGCUGCCGACACUCUGCGAAACGCCACGAUUCCCCUCCGCAGUUCCAUUAUCCCAAACAGUUUUAAGAUCAUCCCGAGUUGGUCUGGUGAGGUCCUCUCGCCGUUACUUCUCGUUCUCGGCAGUGAGGUUCUGGUCGACUGGAUCAAACACUGCUAUGUCGGAAAAUUCAACAAUGUCAAGCCUGUUAUCUACAAGAAGUUCCUUGACAUCCUCUCAAAGGACUACUAUACCAACGCAUUCGUCAACCAAAACCUCACGAAACGGCUUGGCCUUCCAGUUAUCCCACUGUCUUGCCUCUUUAUCCGCGCAUCUGUUCAAACGUACCACAUGUUCGUCGCCACUCAUUUCCCGCCGCCUCUAGCAUCUACCGCGACCUCCAUAUCUCUUGAAUCCGAGGCGACUGCCUCACCUGCAACAACAGCAGCAAUGGAGCAUCUUGAUAUACUUAUUCGCAAAGCUCUAGGCCGCUCGACAUAUGUCACGGGCGCAUCUGUGGAACGAACGUGGCAGCUCUUCGACUCUGAUGACAUUAUUUCAUUUAUAGCCAUGGCGGCUUUCUUCCUCGGAGCCUUCCUCGCGCUUUUAAGCUGCAAGCUUGUCCUCGGCAUGCUUCUACUCCAGUAUUCUCGCCGCCGCUACGAGUCCAUGAGUAUACGCGAGAAUAUGGGCCUGGACACGAACGGAAAGCGGUUGGGCGGACUCGGUAUGGUGGAGUUGGGGGAGGAGAAGAGGAAUAUCAUAUAUGAGGAUGACCCGGAGGCCGCCAAACAACUGAAGGAGAGGGAAAAGAAAUGGGCUGAACAGGCGAAGCAGCAGACGGAUUUUGACAAGGUCACGAGAUACGAAAUGGUUGCUAAGCGCAUUUGGUGAUUUAGUUUGGCGGCAUUGGAACGGCGUUUUAUAUAUCAUUAUACACAUUGAAUGGCGUGGGGGAGCAUGCAUAUAUAUCAUUUCUUCAGGGCUCUAGUAUCUGAUCUUUUGGACAAUAUCAUACCAAAUACAAGGCAGCGAUUAUUAUUUAC